UCCUUGACGAGUUGCUCUCUCCGACCCCCAGCUUCUGCUGGAUUUCCGACUCGCGACUCUUCGCCGCGGUGGCCCUCACAUCGAGUGAGCAGCUACCGCAACAACCACAACACUACACACCCCCGCCGGCAUGAUGAACAAUCGGGGGCAUCUGCCGGCUGGGCAGCAGGUGCAGGGCGGUUCUGAUAUGGGCCCCGCGCCCACUGGUCCUCCGCCUCGCCGUGGCGGUCGGCCCCAGCAUUACCCGCCGGCCCAUGCCUACCAUCACGGUCAACAUGGUCAUCAUGGCCACCACCAGCAACAUUCAGGCCAGCCGAUGUAUCCUGCCAGCUACAUGGCAAACCCUUACGCCAGCGCCCACUACUAUGCGCCUCCGCACUACCAGAACGGCGCCAUGCCCGGCCCGCCUGGCUACAUGCCUUAUCCCAACACCGGAUACGUUCGAUCGCCUCCGGCAAUGCAGCACUUUGUGCCUCUACAACAGGCCUACGGCCGUCCACCACAACAUUCGCCGAUCGUCUCCUCGCCGUAUCACCCCCCACCGGCGGUUGCAGCACCCGUCGUUCCCCCUAUCCCGCACACACCCUCAUCGACGCACUCGCAUGCUGUGCCUCCACCCAUGACUCCCCCGGUCCAGCAACUCCAUGAAUCUGCCCAGCUCCCGGUACCGAUCACAGUGCAGCUUCCCCCGCAGCCUGCUCCUCAGCCUGCUCCUCAGCUUGCUCCCCAGCAGGAGCCCCAACUUGGGUCCCGGCCAGUGUCACAACAAGAGGUCCAUAUUCCUCAGCAGAUAUCCGAGCCCGUUGCCAAGCCAUCUCCGACUACUUCCGUUUCACCCCCCAGACAACCCUUCAGACCACCGCUUCCCUGGCUAUCGCAGCCCGACCUCCCAUUCCCCCAGCGCUCGUCGAAGCUGAGGAGGAGAAGAAAAUUGCUAGGGGCCGAUGCGGAGAGGGUAGAGCUCCCUGGGCAGCAUGCACCCGGUGCUGAGGGUCUUGCCCAAAAUGACAGAUCUCAAGGCUCGGUUGAGGUAUCGCAGCGCGUCGCUGGCGCUCCCGCAAAGACCGAGGCACUUGCUCCCGGUGCUGAUACCCCUCCCACUCAAGAUCAGUCGCCCGAGGCCGUCGCAAGCUCGACGCAGCCACCCAAGGCGUCUCCCGUAGCACCCGCCACCCCUACGGCCGUGAAGCCUGCGGUACCAGCAGUUCCGGUUGUCCCCGCCCUUCCUAAGGCUAGCCCCAAAGAAACCAAGGCUUCAGCGAGGGUCGAGAAGAGCGCCACCGAACCCAAACCGGCUGUCGCCACUUCCGACGAGCAGCAAGCCGAAUCUGUCAAACCGCCCGCCGAGAGUAUGAAUGGAGCUGCCGAGGCUGUCCAGCCGGCUCCCGCCUGGAGCAAACCCAAGCUUUGGGCCGGUUUGUUUUCCAAGCCUGGCGGUGCAGUCGCAAGCACGAGCUCCGCAGGCGCGGUUGCUCAGGCCGAGGCCAACGGCAGCACGGCAGAAGGACCGGCUGUGGUUCCCGGAGCCGGUAGCUUUGCGAAGGCCAACGCGAGCUCGCUAGCUCAAGCCCUACAAGCCUACCGUCCCAGUGCCCCGGACAGGCUUGCCUUCUUGGAGCCGAGAGGCCUCGUGAACACCGGUAAUAUGUGCUAUAUGAAUUCGGUGCUGCAAGUCCUCAUCUUUUGCAUUCCUUUCUUUGACUUCUUAGACCAAGUCAGCAAGAAGGCCGCCCACAGUUUCAAGAGCGAAACCCCUCUCGUGGAUGCCAUGGUCAUGUUCAUGCGCGAAUUCAAGGCAAUCGACUCUGCUGCGUCGGCCGACCAGCUAAAGAAGCGCCUCAAGAAUGAAGAGUACGAAAAAUACGGCGAACCCUUCACACCCGAGUUUGUUUACGAAGUCAUCCGAAAUCUCCCACGCUUCGCCAGCAUGAGACGCGGCCAUCAAGAGGACGCCCAAGAGUUCCUCGGGUUCCUGCUCGAGGGCCUCCACGACGAGUGCGCCCAGGUGAUGCGUGCGGCACCUACCUCGACUGUGUCUACGGCCCCUCCCUCGCCCACCUCGUCUCGGGCGAACGACUCUGUGGAGGGCACCGACGACUGGCUUGAGGUUGGCCCCCGCCAGCGGUCUGCGGUCACGAGGUCUUCCGGUCACUCCCAUACGUCGUCGCCGAUCAACAAGAUUUUCGGCGGGCAGCUCCGCUCGGAAUUCCGUGUCCCGGGAAAGAAGAACUCGGUCACGCUCGAACCGUACCAGCCGCUCCAGUUGGACAUUGGUUCCCCCGAGAUCCGAAACAUCAUCGAUGCCCUCAAGGGCCUUACCCGACCCGAGGUGCUUCACGGCGACUUCAACUCGCCGCACGGCAAGGACGUCCGGGCGACCAAGCAGGUCUUCAUCGAGUCCGUGCCGCCGGUUCUAGUUCUGCAUCUCAAGCGCUUCCAGUUCGAUGCCGAGGGUUACGGCGGCACCGUCAAGAUCUGGAAAAAGGUCGGCUAUCCGCUUGAGUUUGAGUUCCCGCGGGAAGUGCUGUCGCGCCAGACCCGCAACACCAUCCUUGCCGAGAACUCGGGCGCUCCCCGGUACCGCCUAAUCUCAGUCGUCUACCAUCACGGCAAGAACGCUAGUGGCGGGCAUUACACUGCCGAUGUCCGCCGCCAGGACGGCCGCGAGUGGAUCCGCAUUGAUGACACGGUCAUUCGGCGGGUACGUGACGAGGAUGUUGCCGAGGGCGGUGCCGAAGAGAACCCCAGCAAAAUUGACGGACAGAGAGACGCGAGCAACUCGGCUUCCGGCAACCGUUUCCUCGGUAUCAACGACGAGGAUACUGGUGACGAAGAGGGUUGGAAGCAAGCGGCCGGCGGCAAGAAGUGGAGCAGCGUUGUCAACAACGCACCGUCGGCUGCCACCAACGGCCAGAAGGCCAAGCAGCAACACAAGGAGAGCAUGAAGGAGAACAAGGUUGCCUACCUGCUGUUCUACCAGCGGGUCUGAUCAUAUGGCCGUUUGAACGGAGACGGACUCGUAUUGGCACCUGAGGCGGGCAACAUGGUGAUAUAAGAUGGUCGGGCACACCAUCAUGAGCGACAUGGCGUUAUCGAAGCGGUGGUCUUGACUGAUGAACCAACGACCCUCGACAUGACUUCGAUGACGGCUUCGGCGUUGGGUUGCUACCAGCCGCUAUCGGAU